CGCAUCGCUGCCCCCUCCAUGUUAGCUGAUCCUCCUGACAGGCUCCGUGUCGCAUGGCUGGCCAACUACGGAUCGUCUUCAUCCCAUUGAGCACUUGAGCACUUGAGCUCUCCCUCCCUCCCUCUCUCCCACUCCCCCCAUCCCAGCUUCUCCGCUAUAAUCUUCACCCGCUGCGACGAGCUCCCCUCGUCCGACAUCGAUUGUCUUCACCAUGGUCGAAGAUGCGUGGUCCGACAUCUGCGUCAGUUGCGCGGAGCUGUUGGCCAGCGUCCCGAUCUCCGUCCUACUUGUGACCCUCGUUGCAACGCUCUCCGGGCUGUUUGUGCUGUUCUACACCACCCUCUACCUCGUCGCUCCGAUCCCGCGGAAACCCUUUCCUGGCGAAAAGAAGUACCGGACGGUCUUGCAGGACGGGACAAUCACGGACCCGCAACAACUCCCUUGCUGGCAAGAUGUCCUGGAUGCUCAGAAACAGAAAGGGUCUGGUCCGCUCGUCGACCGUCCGUCCGUGGAGGAACCCGAUCUGUUCGUGUCGGUGGUGGUGCCGGCCUACAAUGAAGAGGACCGUCUCGGAGGCAUGCUGGAAGAGGCUGUGAACUACCUGGAACGGAUGUAUGGGACGACUGCCAUCGUUGACGGUGCCACGGCCGAGAAGGAAGUCCGGCAGCGGAAACAGGCUAACGGCCAGGUGAACGGCUCCGCGACGCAUCGCCCGGUGCACGAUAACAAGGGCUGGGAGAUCAUUCUGGUCUCGGACGGAUCGAAGGACCGGACCGAGGAAACGGCGUUCUCGUUCGCUCGCGAUCACCAGCUCUCCAUGCAUCCCAAGGGCCACGCCGGUCCGUGGACCCCGGAGACCCACGAGGGCGCCCAUAUCCCCUCCGGAACCAUCAGGGUCGUCACUCUGACCGAGAACCGCGGUAAGGGCGGCGCCGUCACCCACGGCAUGAGACACGUCCGCGGCCAGUACGUGGUGUUUGCAGAUGCCGACGGCGCCAGCAAAUUCGAGGAUCUCGGGAAGCUCAUCACCGCGUGUCAGAAGACCGCGGACUCGCAGGGCCGUGGUGUGGCCGUGGGCUCUCGGGCGCAUAUGGUUGGAAGCGAGGCUGUCGUCAAGCGAUCCAAACUGCGCAACUUCCUCAUGCAUUCCUUCCACCUCAUCCUCUGGCUGAUGACGCCGUCCAAGACGGCCACCAUCAAAGACACCCAGUGCGGAUUCAAGCUGUUUUCGCGGGCCGCCCUGCCCGACAUCAUCCCCUAUAUGCACUCGGAGGGCUGGAUCUUCGACGUCGAGAUGCUCAUGCUGGCGGAGUUUUCGGGCAUCCCUGUCGCCGAAGUCCCCGUCGGCUGGCGAGAGGUCACAGGGAGUAAGUUGAAUGUGCUCCGCGAUAGUAUUGGGAUGGCCUGGGGACUGGCUGUUUUGCGGGCGGCGUGGUUACUUGGGGUUUAUAGGCGGAGUUGACUGUUAUUUUAUUUUUAUUUUUAUUGUUUUUAUUCUUAUUUCAAGUAGUUAUAUCGGCCCACAUACCUACUACCUACUUAC